AUGACCGAAUGCUGUCCUCCGUACCCGUUACCGCUUUACCUUCGCCAACUCCGUUUCACCCGGUCUCUUUGUCACAUCCCCCCGACCAACGGGAAUCCCUCUACAAGUCCUCCGUUCCACCAGUGGCGACACAAGCCCCAUCGGAAUGCAGGAUCCGGUGCCGCGGUGAUGGGUAAGAAAACCCAGUCUGUCAAUUGGUGGCGGAAGUCAUUGCCCUUGCUAUGA